GUUUUUCUACGGACUGUUUAUCAGAUUAUAUUGCGUUAAUUUGUUACUGUUUGCUCCAUCAUUGUUGAUCUAUAUCCCAUUGUUUUUAACUAAUGGUCUAUUUGGACAACAAGUGUCAUUUGUUGAUUGGAUGCACUUCCGUUAAAAUUUGUAUACAUUUGUACAACACGCUCACACCACUGACAAAUCGAGACACUUGAUGCUUGGUGAAAUAUUGGUUGCAUUUAACUGAAAUAUAUAUUUAUGCAUAUAUUCCAGACCUCGAAGUUUAUCGUUCUACAUAACCUUACUACUUUGUCGUGUGUAUCAUGCUUUUACGGGUAAUUGAACUGAACAUUUCUAUAAAAGUCACAAAACAUUUUAUUAAUGUUUUCUUUAUACAUAAUGCCUAUAUCAAAUCCAUGAUUUCGUCGUUUUUCUCUAGUUAUAUUGAAAUAAUCAAAUGUGUAACCUUUUUUAGUAUUUUAGUCGUUUAUUGUUUUUGAUUUCUGUAAAUCCUUAAACUGAUAAAUUUUUGACACUAUUUUCGAAUGCAAUAUGAAAAUUCAAACCUUCUUUAUAUGUUCAAAAACAGUUUGUUUUUACCCAGAGUGGUGUUUCAUUUAUUGUCUUUGUUUCUCCUUACCUUCCGAUUUACCUAGUUGAUCUUUUGUUUUUUGAUAUAUAAAUGUUCUUAACAAGUUUAUGUGAUUAGAUUGUUUGAAAUGUACUGCACUAAUAAUCUUCGCCUUAUUGCAUUAUCCAGAUUUAUCAAACAUGAACUAAUGGUUUUAAACUUUGCUGUUAUUUCUUGUAGGUCUACAGAAAUUUUUGUCCGUAAAUUCACGUAUAUAUGAGUGUGAUAUUUACAACAGUUGUUUGAUUCUUUUGCACACAUCUGCUCAGUUCAUUGUUCUGCUAUCUUAUCUCACCAUCGAUUCGCAGCUUAUAUUCCACUGGAUCUUACAUAUUACUAUUGAUAAACUCUUCUCCAGUAACAAUUUGCUCGCACAUAAUUCAUGGCUCGUAUAUCGAAACCUAAUCGUAUUUGCUUGAUUUUAUCCGUAGUUGCAUUGCUUUUCUUGUCCCUGAUUUGCGUAAUUGGGCUAUUUACAUUCAACCAUUUAUUUGCUAGUCUAAUUUCUAGGAAACUUGCUAUUUUGCCCGGUAGUGAAAUUUUUGAUAACUGGAAAUCACCAAGUGUCCCUGUGUAUUUUUCCAUAUAUCUGUAUAAUUUGACCAAUCCUGAAGAAGUUCUAAAUGGUGGUCGACCACGAUUUGAUGAAGUUGGCCCUUACGUUUACCGCGAGGAUCGUCAACGUAACAAUGUAGAAUUUUCCGAAGAAUCUCCUCCGAAAACUGUAAAAUAUCAACACAGAAUUCUCUACUACUUUCAACCUGAACUUUCUGUUGGUCCUGAUGAUCAAGGAAUCGUUACAAGUCUUGAUCUGGUAACAGUGGCCAUAAAUAAUCUUCCGGAAUACCUCAAAAUAGCAUUUUUUUUAUACACGUUCAACGCAUUUGUUUCGAAGACACCUCGUGAAAUCAUUUGGGGUUACGAAGAUCCACUGAUGUCUGCUUGUCUAAGUUAUGGAACUUGUGACACAGAUCGUGCUGGCUUAAUGGUUACGAAAAAUGGUACGAAAGUUUCUGAUUUCGUCAUUGACACCGGUGCUUAUAAUAUUUCAAACGUCGGGAAAGUGCUAAGAUACAAUGGAGAAACAUCUUUGAACUAUUGGCAUACUGAUUACGCUAAUAUGAUAAAUGGCACAGAUGGAAGUGUUAUACGGCCAGGACUACAAAUGUCUUCUCGAAUCUUCUUCUUUGUGCCAGAUUUCUGCAGAUCGUUUCAUUCAGAUGCUGUUGGUUGGGCGACUGCAACUCAUGACAGUGGUGUACAUCUACUUAGAUUUGCGUCUCAUCCCGAACAAUCUCAGAACGCUACUGUUAAUCCUCUGAAUGCUGCAUUCUGUCCGAAGAAGAAGGCCGGUCCAGACUGUCCUCCAACAGGAAUGAUACCUUUGUCACCUUGCUCGAACCCUAGGAUUGCAGUCCCUAUAUUUGCUUGUCAGCCACAUUUCUUGGGAGCUGACCCAAGUAUUCGGGCGGCCAUGGAUGGGAUAAGGGAGCCUGAUGUAAAGCACGAUUCUACUAUAUUACUUAUUGAGCCUAAUACUGGAUUUGUAUUGGAAGCUUUUAAAAAGGUUCAAAUUAAUGCAUACAUUGAAAACCGUGCCAGUUUGAAUGAAGUAUACAAAGAUAUGGCAGGACCAUAUUUCUUCCCCUUAGCUUGGUUUACUGAAUUUGCAGUGGCUGACAAAAAGGCGUUAAGUAAAAUAUCAAAUUAUAUUCUUAAGCCUAAGAAAAUAAUACCUAUUGUUUUAUCAACUGUCGGUUCACUUGCACUUAUAUCAGCCGUCAUUUUGAUAGCAGUUCUAUUAAGGCGCUAUAAAUUAACAAAAACUGAUAGUGUUUCUAUUCACGGCCAAGCUGAAUCUACAUUCGUGCCAACAGAUUCUGGGUUCCGUAAUAAAUCAGAUGAAAGCCCAUAUGAUCAAUGGACUGUUAAACCUUCACCAGAACACGAUUCAUUUCAGGUUAUCGAAUCAAAACCCUUGCUCAAACCUAGUGAUACGGCUGGAAAAACAGUUGCCUGAUUUAUUUAUCCUCGUUCCUGUCAGUUCGUCUGUUAGUCCUUCAGCUACACAUAAAUGCUGCUCACUGUUUUCGCGAAACCAAUCGAAGUAUUUUUUUAUCAAGACAAAAAGAAUAUGAAAUAACUUGAUUUCAUUCUUCUAUUAUAGUGCUUCCCAUAACCUUAUCCCAGUGCUCAUUGGAAUUGUUUAUCUAAAAUGUAUAAUAAUAUAACCAUAUUCUAAACUUUUUAAAAUUUAGAAACCAGUCUGUUGACUUUUCACACGUUAUUUUCUGCAAACAAUGUAACAAUGUUUCUUGAUUUUCUCACCUUUGAGCUUUUUAAGGUUCAACGCUUAAAGCUUAUUUAGGUGCUUUCUUUUUUAGCCUAUAUUAGAUUUGCCGUAUGCAUAUGAUUAUAUACGUACUUUAUAUCAUAAUAGAUCCUUGACUGUAAUAGGAUAUUUUUGAUAUUUUCUUUCACUCACAUUCCUAUCUAAACUCUAUUCUAUCUAAGCAUCAUUUUCGCUCGGAUCAUGCUUUCCCACUUCCGUCUACAUUAUAUUCAAACAGUUACUCCGUUUAUUCUUUCUAAGAAUAUAGUAACUUUAAUUUUGGUUCACGAAUCAAGUAUCUAGAUUAUGUAUUUUUGUUAUUUCUGUCCACGAUUUGUUGUACUCUGCUUAUCCCUGUUAGUGCUUUACUCCCCAAGCCGAUUUACCUACUGUGUCCUACCUAUCGUUUUUACAAAUACUGCCUUUUGUUUGUAUUCGCCGCUUUAAUUAGCAUUUGUAAUAUUAUUAAAAAAUCCUGUUUUUUAUUCUCAACAAUUCAAUACAUAAUAGAGGUAUUGGAUUUUAAUGAUCUUUUCAAACGUUUGACGUAGUUGAUAACAAUUUUCUCCAUGGUAUUUGUGUAGGCAGUUUAUUGAUUAAACAUUACAGUGAUGUGGUAGGUGUUUUGAUAGCUGUUCAAGAGAAUUUAGUUGCAUUUCAAUCACUGUGUAACAGGACAAAUGCGCAAGGUUUCUGCCCACAUGCACACGACAUUCAAGCGUGUAGGAUGGAAUGUGAUUCAUAUAUGCUCUGUGUUCGUCAGAAGAAAAGUUGUUAUUAUCUUCAAUUUUCUGUAUUAAGAAAAGUCGUCUCGUUUAUUUAAAAAGCAGACGUAUAAGAAGGUUAGUUUGAACCAUGUUGUUGGGAUGACCCUGCAUUUUUCACGCAAGCGACAUAACAAGCUCGUGAGUCAUCAAGGAGCAUUUCACCCAAUCAGCGAUUAAUUAGAAGUUAUGUUACUAAAAUAACGAAAAUGGAAAAGUCACAUGUGGAGAUCCUGAUUGACACACUGCUACUAUGUUUAGCAGUAUUCUAGAACUUUCGGUAAAACUCAAGGACUUUUAAAUUACUAUAAAAUCCCCGUAUUUUCUGUACAUAAAUGAUCCCUGUAUUAAAGUGCUUCCCUCACA